CACCCCAGGGUGUCCCAUCUCCAUUUUUGCUUGAAAGUGACAUGAUGACUUUUAAAUUGAGACAGGACCUUAUGUGGCAAAGAAUGCACCAACUUAGCAAACACACGCUGAAUUGUCUGGACGUUACUGAAGACGUUUACUCAAGGCAUCGUUAGUCUCAAAGAGUUUAACGCUUUAACAUACAUCACGCUGCCAGUUUAAAACACAAUAUGGCAUGUUGGGGCUUCUGACAAAACGGCUUUGAGCUGGAUGGACUGGAAUGGGGAAACUGGGUGACAGCAACAGUAACACACAACAACCCGAGAAAAACUCUUCUGUCAUUUUCCUGCUUCUUACGAUUAUCAUUUUCAAACAAGCCGCUGCGAAGUGUAGGAUACUGCGAUGUAAUUCUGAAUUUGUGGCGGCCACUGAACCUGGUGGUGGGGCGGUUGGCAACGACGACUACUGCAGUGCAUUACGGGCCUAUUCUCUUUGUACUCGACUCACGUCCCGGGCCUGCUGGGGGGACCUCUCCUAUCAUUCUGCUGUUCAGGGCAUAGAAGACCUCAUGAUUCAACAUCGGUGCCCACAGACAGGACCCACCUCCCGUCCAAGGCCUCAGGCUCCUAUGUCCAGGCAUGAAGGUCACCCAGCAUUGGAUACUUGCAGCUACAACAAAAGCUUUCAAAGGCGAGAGGGACGACUUCCCAGCUUUGUCCAUUGUGGAGUCUUUGGGGAUCCUCAUAUCAGGACAUUUCAAGACGACUUCCAGACAUGCCGGGUACAUGGAGCUUGGCCACUCAUUGACAACAACUACUUAUAUGUGCAAGCCACAAGCACUCCAGUGUCCAAAGGUUCAAAUGCUACGGCUCUAACUAAGAUCACAAUUAUCUUCAAGGACUUUAAAGAGUGCAUAGACCAGCAGAUUUACCAAGCCGAGUUAAACAACGUGCCAGCAGCUUUCAGUGAUGGGUCCACCAACGGAGGAGAGCGCCGGGGAGGCAAUAGCCUGAAAGUUCUGGGACAAGUACCCGGGCAGAGUAUUGAGAUCCAGGCAGCCUACAUUGGGACCACUGUUAUUGUGCGCCAGACUGGCUCAUUCCUAUCCUUCUCAAUUCAGAUUCCAAUGGAAGUGGCUAAUACAUCCACAGAGGAACAGGACCUCCAGCUGUGCAUGGGCGGCUGUCCAACAUUAGAGAGGCUCCCUUUCUUUCCUUCCUCAUCAGCGCUGCAAGAAGCAAGGAUAAAAUGUGGGAAAGAAUUGCCAAAGGAGGACAUUUAUUUUCAGGCCUGUGUUUUUGAUGUUCUGGCCACAGGAGAUAUAAAUGCCACUGCUGCUGCCACUUUGGCUUUGAAGGAUGCUAGAAUAUUUAUCCAGGAGAAGGAUAAACUGCACCUUUUACCCAGCCUAUCUAGUAAAAAUUCCCCAAGUCAUAUGACAUUCUUUUUAAUGCUGUUCUUUGUGAUGAUGUUCAGUAUUCUGUAAUCUUUUCAUCCUCUUAUAGCCAUCUUUGAUUUUCUUCAUUGGAGGACAUUGUGAAUCAGCCUUUGCAUUUGUAGCACCUCUGAGAAGUUGAAGAGCAUCUCCACUCAAACAAAUCAGGACACAAGGCCUUAGGAUUAUUAUGGAUGCUUAAUUAUUAAAAAAAGAAACGUUAAGCGCUUGUAAUAUUGAACGCUUCCAUCAAGCAAAAGUUUGUUCUUUAGAUUUCCACUUGAUGGUGGGAUUUGUGAAUAGAACAAUGCUUUUAUUUUUUUCCCAUUUAUUUAUCUGUAGGUGUGGAGUCAUUACCUCUCCAGCAUAGUGAAAAACAGAUGUUUGUAAUAUGUAAUACUUUAUGACACAGCUCAUUGCUAGAUUAAUGUAGAAAAGUUUUAGAAUUUCAUACUCUUCUGGCAAAGCAGAAAAUGAGCUGUUUAAUAUUUUUCAUGUUGUAAAAAAACCAACAAUUCCAUAUAAAUAUACCUUUUUGUGACACAUACAGUACAUUUGAUUCUACAAAGGGAGUCAUGGAACUUGAUAUAAAGUGAAAGGCAUCGGUAACUGUACGAACAAAAAGAAUUAUUAUAGUAUAACCAUUAUAGCAACAGUGCAAAUAUUAUAAAGCACAUAAAGGGAAAAUACCCAUUUUUCCCAAUAAAUAAGAUGCUUCAGAUCUCAUUGUAAUAGAAGUAGCAGCUGGCCUGCUUUUCUCAAAGACUUCCUUCUUCUUUUACCUCCGUUUUUCUUUUUGUAGUCCUCCUGGACAGUGAGUUGUCGCUCAUUAUCUCCAUACGCUGAUCUGGUACACCGAGGUUAGUUCAUUUUCAAGUCCUUAUUAACAUCUGAGUUCAGGGUGCACUUCAAACUCUUCUUGCCAUUAAGCCACACUGCAACUCUUCUCUCUUGACAUUCACAUUGAAAUGUUUAGACACCUAGGAGUCUUUCUGGAUUUCCAGCCAGAAGAUCUGCUGCUUCCUCAGCACUGUCAUCUACUGUGGGAGGAGAACGUACUGUAUAACUGCUUUGUUGAAAGAAAUUUGACAAACGAGGGGAGACCACUCAGUCCGUCAAGCUGGUUUGUUUAUCUAAUAGCUAAGUUGUUCCAACAUCUCAUCCAGAUUCUUCUUAAAGGUUGUCAAGGUUUCUGCUUCAACUACAUGACUCGGUAGUUUGUUCCAGAGUCCCAGAGCUCGUUGUGUUUCCUAGCUUCAGCCUUAAGUGCACUUCUCCUAGAUUUCCACUGAUGUCUUUGAGUAUGUGAUUCACCCUUAAGAUGAAAGAAUGGUGCUUACUUUAUCAAUGCCUUUGAGGAUUUUAAAGACCUGGAUUAGGUUCCCCCACCGGCUCCUCUGCUCGAGAGUAAACAGGCUUAAUUUUUUGAGUCUGUCAGAGUAGGACACAUCCUUACCCCACAAAUGCAUGUCAAAAAGGAGUACCUAGCAUUUUUAUAGACGAAAGGGGUAAAGCAGUCAUUAAACACAGUCAAAAGGGGCAUAGUGGCUAAUGAAUAGAUAAAAAAAGAGGAAAAGAAAUGAUGAAAUGAAAAAGAAAUGAAGAACAGGAGAGACAAACCUGACAAAUACCAUGUUGUGUUUUUGUUAUUUGCGGUACCACUAAUAAUUUAUGAGAAUAUAUUUACAAAUGAUUAAAAAUACAAUACAGAUCUUUCUUUAGGUAAAAUGAAAGAUGCACUAACAUAUCUUUAGUUCCAAUGCAAUCAAACCUUCAUUCUUUGCUUUUAUUUCAUAUUAUGUUCACUUAUGAACACUUUAAAAUCACUUCCGUUUUUUUGUCCAGUGCCUAUUGACUCAUCGGUGCAAGAAAACCCCCCACAUAUACUGUAACAUAUGUCAAGCUUUCUGGGGCUGCCCUUGUUUUUGGCCCUCCAGUCCUAAAAGAACUCUAACUUGAUGCCAUUUUUGGACCAUCUUUUGUGCAGCAAAUUACACCCUUUGGGAGCAGGUUCUGCCGCACCCAUCACACACCGAACCACCUGAACUCGGACCCGAGUGUCAACAGCAAAAAAUGAUCAGAAGAACUUUAAGUUGUGCAUGCCACAUCAACCAACCCUAUGGGUUCAUCCCAUAAUAGGAUAUGAGGGGGGAAAUAUUCUCCUUUUCACUAAUCUUUGAAAAAAUGGGGUUCAAUAAAAUAGGCAUGUGGAGGGUCAUUUUGUUAUUUCGAGGCUGCUCUUCACAUGUGUGAUAAAAUUUUUGAUAUUUGAUUCUUUACUUGUGGUCCUUGUCCUCUAAGCGCCACUCUGAGAAAGUUAAAAAUGAAACAUUUCAAACAUAUCGUAUCGUUUUAGACUACUUCAAGGUCAGUGACUAUGAAAAUUAUGUUACUUUUGAUUUUUCUGUAACAAUCAUACAGUCAUUAUUCAACUCGCUAUAUACUAACUACAGGGUCACGGGGGUCUGCUGGAGCCAAUCCCAGCCAACACAGGGCGCAAGGCAGGAA